UUUAAGUUUCAAAGGGAAUGCAACUGAUGACGUCGUGUGUGGUUGUAUAUACGACGUUAAAACAAUGCACAGAUGAGGGGGUGGUGCUUACAGCUGGAGAGGCGGGGCCAGCGCCCCCGGGACGAUCUGAGAGAGUAUUUCAGUAUGAUGCUGCUGCAUCUCUGCCAGACCGUGCCUUGGGUUCAGUUCCAAUGUUCCAUUUUCACGCAACUUCCUGAUAUGUCUAUUAUAUGUAACUAGGGUGGGGCUUUCAAAACAACAGCAAGCCCACGAUUUAUACUGAAGCCAGUUCCCGGUGAGUAGCAGGAAGAGGUGAUCCCUUUUGGACCAGGAUGGAAGCUCUAUUAGUUCUUCUAGUUUUUAUAAUCUUCUGUUUGUCCGUUGUGUAUUUACUGCGAAGUGAAGUGCCCAAUCAGCGGACAAGGGAAGUAAAUACACAAUCUUAUCAUAUUCAGAGCAUGAUGGCAGACCAAAAUGAAAUCAGGGCACUGAAGGAUCACAUUCAACGCUUGAAAUCUGAAAACAUGCGGUUGGAACGUUAUACAGCACAGCUAAUAGAAGAGACAGAAAUGCAUAGGAGAGUUUUGCCAAGACUCUCUUCCAUUGCAAAUGACAGGGUUGUAGGGCAUUGGGUCAGGAAGAUGAUCCAAAUACAAGAAUUAAAAGAAAUUGUAGUUGCUCUGAGUUCAAGAUCUGUGGUCUCCAAGAUCAGAUUGGCCACCAACAAGCCUGGACAGGGCUCCAAGACUUCUGAACACCCAACCAGCGAUCACCAGGACAUAGAUGUGGAGCUGCUGAUUCUGAAUCAUUUCUUCAAAGCUUUUGUGGACGUGUCCCCUGAGGAGCUGGAAGUACCCAAGCACAUCGUACAGCUAGUUGUCGACGACAUCUUUAGACACAUGCAAAACGCUCUGAAACCAAGCGAGCCGACAGUGGCUGGAGAAGGUCCUCUAAAGAGUGGCAGCGUUGAGGAGCAGCUGAAAGUUCUUGACCCUGAUGAAUUUGAUUACAUGUUUCCCAUUGAGAUGCCGCACGGGGUGUCGCUGGACUUUUCCUUUUGCCACCAGAGAGCUACAUUCCCCAAAGGGUCCUAUGGAUUUGGAAUGAUAGCAGUCCAAACCGUGCCCGGUGAUUCACAGGACAGGUUCCUGAAAUCUUUUGUGGAGGGAAGGUUCCUUCAGGCUGAUAAAAUAAAGAACUGGUUCAAAGGCAAAACACAGACAUGGAUCGACCUGUAUAAUGAGAACAGGCGCUGUGAUAUAACUGCUAUAAAACUCUCCGAGAUUGGAGCUGGGGUGUGCCUCACAAUAAAGUACAAGGAUGCUUCCUUCAGCGUGGACCUGAUCCCUUCUGUUAAAGUGAAAGAAAGGGGAGACAUGUAUCUGAUACCGAAGUCGUGCAAAAAAGAAAUAUGGGCUGGCUAUGAACAGGUCAAGAGGAAUUCGCUCUGGCGUCUCUCGUUUUCCAUGUAUGAGAUGAAGCUCAUGAACAUCUUGACAAAGAGUUUCCCUUCAUCAUGUCACACCGACAGCCUAAAGAUCGUGAAGGCCCUGAGAGACCUCGAUGUGGACAAUAACCCGUCGUCUCAGCUCUCCUCCGUGCUGACGUCCUACCACCUCAAAAGCAUGCUGCUGCAGAUACUGCUGCGUGACCUGCGGAGGGCCCCGUCCCGUCUUGAGGACAAGUGGAGCCGCACCUGCCUGGCGGACAGGAUUAAAGAGCUCCUGGAGGUCGCCCAGAGUUCAACCAGGAGCAAGGAGCUGCACCACGUCUUCCUCUGCAAUGAUCUGGAGAACUUGUCGUUGAAGGGCUCUGACCUGCACAGCCUGUUAGAAGUCCCGGACUGGGCUGUCGCCCCCGUCGACUCAGGACACGUCAACUUGUUCUCCGAAAACUUCAUUGACCCCAAUUCACUCGACCAGAUCAGCGCGAGGAUUAAAGACAUCCAGGAGCAGUGGCUCAAUGUCAUUUACCGCCACGUUUCCCCGCUGUCCAUGAAGUACAUUCAGGACUGAAUUGUCAUCUUCCCCUGAUAAUGGCCUGCUGUAUGUGUUGCAGGUUGCAUAGAUUGUAUAGUUAAAAGUUAGAAGGGGCUAGGUUAAGAAGACAAACGUUUCAGCUAUCAGCUUAAUGAUCAUUAAAGUGACAAAGGCAGCCAGUGUUUGUCCACUGCACUUAUGUGUUUAAACUGUGAUCAACCUCAGUGUGUAUCUCUUACUUCCUGGAUUGCUACAUACAUAUGGCCGUGUGUAAUACUGUAUAUCACCCAUCUUCAAGACCCGUUGCUUGUCGGUUUUACUCUUAUUAAAAAAAUUCCUGGAAUUUAUCUGUGUUUUAUUAAAAAAAAAAAAAAAUUCUAUUUUUUUGGUAAUAUUGGGGGACUGACGGAAAUCAGCUGAAACCCCUUUGACACUGGCAGUCCUAUCCGGGUUCUGGCGACCCAGGUCACAAUCCCACGUAGUGUGAAACCACAUCCCAGCAACCCACCUCAGGAUGUGGGUUGACACGCUUUGACCUGGGUUGAGCGAGACGGAACGCAUGAGAAACAUUUGGGACGAUGAUUCAAUCCAGAGAAGCUUGGAUGAAAGUGUCAGUAACAAGCUGCUUGCAGGGCAUUGAUUCGUGCAUUGUGCACUUGCGUCAGUGGAUCAGCGAGUGAUGGAGACAGCAAGCUGGCUAAUCGAAUGACUGCUGUGUGCACUCCAGGGUUUACUGUACAUCUGUAGUGGUGUUUCGAUAAAUAAUCUGGUAUUGCACAUUAAGAAACCAGUAAUGCAUGUCCCAAUUUCCAGCUCUUACUGGACACUAGUUUGCUGCAAUGCUCUUGUUUAAAUAUGUGGUGUGCAAAGGCGCUGGAACAAUUUAUAAAAUGGGGGUGCUGAAAGCCAUUGAACAAAACUGCAACCCCAUGUAUGUGAUGGAAGCCAUGCUGCCACACCCCCAGUACCCCUAGUUCCAGCAUCCCUGCUGGUGUGCAACCCUUCUCAUUUAUGUAAACGCCAGCACAUUUCUCACUUCUGUAUGUAUAUUGUGACAGGGAAAAAUAAAUAUAUUUAGCAAAUAAAGUACAUUGUUCAUUAAAAUUGAAUGUGCAGUUGUAUAAACAGCAGACGGGUGGCUCAUUCAGUAUGUUGACAGAGAGAAAACAAACGUUUAAUCCCCUAUUGUCUAAAAAACACGUGGUCAAAAUGCCCUGGUGCAGACCACGACCAUUCAACGGAGCUCUGUGCUACAAUCUAGUUUUUGGUUGAAUUCGCUGUUCCCUACAUAUCCGGUCUGACGCCAGGGAGGCGUACACGCGCUGUGUACAUGGAAGACAAGGGGGGUGUUCUGCAAGCGAAAAGGAUAUGAAAUAAAUAUUAUACAAAGCACAUCUCCGCAUGUAUGUUCUACCAUAAAUCUUAAUCGGAGUACCAUUAGUCCGAUCUUUCUUUUUCCAGGCUGGCGGGCCGUGCCGGUUGUUCUGCACCGAGAUGAAACCCGUGGUGGACGCCGUGUGGGCGGUGUGGAGUAUCGGAGCCUCGAUCUACGAUUACAUUCACACCACAGCCAUGGAGGAGCGCAUACACCAGCUGGAGACCGUCAUCACUGUCCAUCAGUUUGUCAUUGUGGCUCUCACAGCGGGGCUAAUCCUCCUCGUGUCCUACAUCGUGCUGAGAAAGCAGUGACCCGCAGCGGCAGCAUAAUGAUGUGUUCCAGCCAGGAGGAGGGACUGGGGCAAGAGGACAGUGGGGCGGAGCAGUGUGAGACCCAGACAACUCAAACUCGAAACCAUUGCCUUAACACUGCAGGACCAAACAGCAAUGGGCUGGCACAACACCCUGAGAACAAACGCAACUCAUCCGCGUACGCUGCACUCGGGCAGUUGCUUAGAUAACAUUACUGGCAUCACUAAACGGUCAUCUGCUGCCCCACGCUGGCAAGUCAGCCCUCAUUUGCAGUGUCUCGCAGGAUCAACACAUGUGGGGUGCACAGAGAUCAUGUGAUCAGGCCAGGAAAGAAGGCAAGGAAAAUCCGAACUGGAAUUCAGACUGAUGUAAAGAGCCUAGCAGAAGCAGAGAGCGAGAGGCCCGUUUCCUUCUCCAGUUAUAUGUUUGGAUCCGUGCAAGGAGCUGUUCAUUGACAGGGUGAAUUGCCAUUGACGUUACCAAAUUAUUGAUCUCUGUGUCUUUUGCAGGACUUCUUUAAUCGUUGUAAUGCACUGCUGGAGGGCAUUUUCCAUGAUCAUGUCACAGAAAUGGGCUUCAUUUAUAACUCAAGAAUGUUUGCACAAUGAAAGAAUCUGAAACACGCGUUUUUGAUUUGUUUUAACGUCGAUACUACAAAUUAAUUUUCAGUAGAAGGAAGGGGUUCAAGUUUGGGAAUGAGGUUGGGACGUGGCAAGACAAAAACGUAACAGUUACUUCCACAUUUCAUCAUGCCGUUGAAUAGUAUUUGCACAUUUUAGUUUAACAUUGACAUUUAAAAGAAAGAAAUACAACACCUGUAUAUCUCAUUUCUAUUGAUCUUAACCUCUGUAUAUCUGCAAUUGCAUCGGCUGUGCAUGCUUCCUGCGACUCGUCGGAGACACACACACCCUGCCACUUAUACUUCAGUUGAGUAAGCACUGCUUUUAUUCAGUUACACAAUUUUUGUAUUGUGUUAAAAGUCCUGCCGUUGUAUCUUAACAAUCUUGCAAUAUCAAACUCUAUUUUAUAGAACCCAUCAUAUCCAGGGUUUCAAAUGUGGUUUUAUUCAAGCGGUUUCAUUGUUUGUUUAAAUUGUACACUGGAGUGUGCAGUUGCUGGCUUUAGUUUUUCAAACAAAACCAACUUUGUAUAGCGCGAAAGCCAGUAUAUUUUAUAUCAGCAAAUUAGUUUUUUUCUAACUUAGUUGUGUGUGUGAAUUUAUAUAGCGUAUACUGUACUGCUGCUAUUACCCUUACGAAUAGCAGCCCUGAUGAAUUCCUGUGUUGUAUCGGUAGGUACACUGAAAUAUCAGAGACAGUGAGUAAAGGAUCAUGUUUUCCAAUGAGAUAGGUACCUUUACACACUUUCUUAAGGGGUGUAAUUGUGGUAUCAAGCUUAGAGCAGCUUGCACUGGAAAGCUGAUGUUUUUUGUCUUUAAAUGGACUGUAACGCCUGCAAGUAUGCUGGUAUGUUGAAGCUGUACUGUACUAAAACGUUUAGCUGCAUUCUGCAGCAGUGCUAAGCUGCCUGGCACACCUGAGCGGCUGUCUGUCUGUCUGUCUGUCUGUACCCCGCUUGACCAGUCCAAACUGCAGCGAUUGGGUCACCUGCAAGAAUUUGGCAGGUCACUUAGUGGACUCAGAUUUCCAUAAUGUUUGCAUCUUGUCCCCGAACCUCUUUUACGAUUUGUUUAUUUCUGCAGUUUCAUUUGUAUUAGAGAGAUACUGAUCAUCUCCGUGGGUUUGUUUUUAGAGUAUAUAUUUAUAGUCUCAUUGCAGUAUUUACUUUAGGCAGCUGGGAGAUGUAUAUCCAUGCCUUCUAAACAUCAGCACACCCAAUCUUUCUAUAGUCACGCACCCAGGCAAUUGUAAUCGAAAAAUAAGCUUUUUGUCUGAUCCACAAAAGCGAUUUACCUUGAUAUGAAUGUGUCGAUGUCUAAAAAGACUGCAGCACCCCGGCCACCCCGCCUCUAUCUGGGAGUGUCUCUCUCCCAGGCCCCUUAAGAAAUCGGAAGCAAAUGAAGCACUCUUGAUGGUUGCUGUAACCCAGUAACAAACGGGUCCCUGACAAAUGCAGUUCUAUUUUCGAAUAUUAAAAACAACCACAGUAAUUAGUAAACAGUAAGUACGUUUAUUAUAUGUAUAUUAAAAAAAAUACAUAAUGCUAUAUCACUAACUCACAACAGCAAGAAAACACCAACUCUGUUGUCAGAAGCUUACUGUAAGUACUGUUUCAUAGUGGUGUAACUUUUUUUAGUUGUAAUUUUUAAAUAGCUUUUACUCAAGUGUUACUAGACAUUUAACUGGGGCAUUGCUCCGUCAAAUACUGUAAACCGUGACAUUAAAACAAUAAACAAGUCCAAUACAA